AUGCGGAGAGGCGCCGAAGACCACAUCGACGAUGACGACGCUGCAGCUGCCGCCACCGCCGCCGUGGAGUCGCAGGGCCCGCGCGAAGCGAAGCGACGCCGGAAGCCCCGCGGGAGCGGCCGCCGCGGAAUACCAAGCAACGAGCCGGCAGCCCCACCAGCGACCAGCGGAGGCGGCCACGCCGCUGCUAACAGUCAGUGCCUGCCGGGACCCCGCGCCGCGUGUGCCCGCACCCUGCACUCUCUGGAGGCCGCGAAACGCCGGCUGCCGUCCGACGGCGGCGACACCUGGGAACUCAAGUGGCAUAAUGCGAAGUUCGCUGAAGGAGGUGUGCGCAGCUGGGAGGAUCAGCAGCAGCCGCAGACUGCAGCGAUGCUCAAGUUCUGCCGUCGCGACUACUCGAAAGACGCGAGGUGGCUGGAUUUGGGACGGCGGCACUUUUUGGGACGCUGCUUGGCGGUCCGUAAGGCCGCGAUAAGCGGGGGCGGAGCCGGAGGCGGGGAAGGCCUUAUCGCCCGCCGCCGGCGCCUCUGGAUUAACGAGGACGCCUCCGGCAGCCUCCAGGCCCACCCUCCACCUGUCAUGGUGCGGGGCGCCCCUGGAAUUAUUAAUGCUUGCGACUCACAACACAGUGGAUUUGCUGUACCCGCGUCCUGGGAAAAGAGAAGUGAGUACGUGGACCCCGUCGCAAAGGAAGCAUCACACAGAAACUUGGAGUCGGUGGACAUCAAGUUGAAUGGUCGCAUAGAUCUCGACAACCUGUUGCGACGUCUGAGGAGUGCUGUUAAUGUCGGGAUACACGGAGAGGAAGUGAACCCGGGCAGCAAGGCGGCGCAGAAGGGCGUGCGCGAGGGUGACGUCAUCUCGAGCAUCAAUGGGCAGUCUACGCGCGCCGUCUCCAACAGCGACGCGCACGCGCUGCUACGCAACGCCGGGCACACGCUGCGGCUAGGCCUCAACGAGGAAUGCAGCGGUUCGCCCAAGCGACGAAACAUCAGGAACGCUCAGCAGCAGCAGCAGCAGCAGCAGCAUCAGCAGACGCAGCCAACGAGGGAAAACCAUGCAACGAACGACUCAGUCAAACGAGGCGGCAGCAGUAGCAGUAGCAGCACCAGCAGCGCCUCUACCGGCAUCACCGUCAAGUCAGCCGACGGCAGCCCCUCGCACAGCGCCGCUGAGGCGGGCUGCGGCGGGGAAGUCCCGCGCCGUGGGGGCCGCGACCCGCGCGCUGCGGGCGCUGCGCUGCGGGCGGAGAACGCUGCAGGGGCAGCGGCGUUCCAGGGGCUCUGCUUAGCGGCGGCUGCCAUCAGUCAUCCGGCGACUCGUUUAAAUAUAGAGCAGCGGCGGCGGCGGCGGCGGCAGGCGGGGGCGGUCACAAUGCGAGCGGAGCAGCCGGAAGACGCGCCAGCCCCAUUGUCCGAUGCGCCCCGCCUCGUGUGCCAUUGUUUCUGGGCCGGGCGCAUUCGACAGCGGCGUGCUGACUCGCAGCGGAGUCCGCGUCACCGGCUGACGCUGGCGGCGGAAGUAUACUGCACUCAGUACACGCCAGGAACAGAACUGGACACGUGUGUGGGAGGAGGAGGAGGGAGAGGAGGUGCUAUUUCUGCCGCCAGUGUGCUGGUGGGCGUGGCUCGCGAAUGUCGGUGGGCGGCACAGUGGUGGGCGGGGGCGGAGGGCGUGGGCGGGCCGGCCCAGCCCAGCUUCCGGUGCGUCUGGGAAGUGUCACGCAGCCGCACUCCCACACACGCAGGCACGCUGCUCCAGGUGCGAGGCUCAUCUCUCCUCGUGACGUAG